AAGCAUCCUUUUUAUAACGCAUCCGCCAUUUUUGAUCAGUUACGAUCUGAACAGACUUCGUGAAAUAAGUAUUUUUUGUUGUUAGUAUCAGUGAUCGUGGUUUACUUUUUACACACUAAGUGCUUAACGCAUAUAUUAUUCGAGCCAACUCGAAGAAGGAAAAGGAUCCUAUGUACAAAGACAUGUCGAAUCGUAAAUUAACACCCAGAGGAGCGCCAAUGCAACGAGAAAUAAUCAACCCUCAUCGAGCAGCUUUGUUAAACAAGAUGGAACAAGGCAAGAAUAACCUCACAUUAGAUCAGUGUGAUUCAGGGCUAGGAGAUAGCUUCAAGUCUCAAGAAGGAAGCUACGAACGUCUCGAUCAAGACACUGCAAAUCUUCUAGAUUUGCAAGAUUUGUCGAUCAUUGACGAAGAUGACGAAGCGAUGAAGAACCGCCAUCCUGGUCCAUGCAAGUCUUUACCCGUUUCUACUCCUACAUCUUGUUCAGCGCAAAAUUCUUCACUUCAAAUAAGUCCUGCCGAACACGUCAUGAACUUUGCACAAAGUAACGACGUUCGCUACCUUCUCGCUCCUAUGAGGGACGAUCUUAUGAUGCAAAACGAAGAUGGCGACACGCCAUUACAUCUUGCUAUUAUCCAUGGAUCGCCUAUAGUGGAAUCUCUUAUAACCAUCGCACCAAAUAAAGAAUGCUUGAACAUUUACAACGACUUAAGACAGACACCACUACAUCUUGCUGUCCUUACAAAACAACCCGCUGUUGUCAACGCCUUAAUGAGACAUGGAGCAGCUAUUGAUGCAGUUGAUCGUAAUGGACGAACACCACUGCACCUUGCUUGUGAGCAGGGAGAUAUGAGUUGUAUUCAAGUUCUUACAAGUCCUCUUAGAUGCAACAGUGGUAUUAAUGAUGAAGUUAGAGAUUACCUUGUUAUGAUGUUGGACGCAAGAGAUUAUAAAGGUUUUUCUGCUCUACACCUGGCAGCCAAGGGAAAUUUUGUUGAUGCUGUUGGACUACUUAUCAACUUUGGAGCAAAUGUUGAUUUACCAGAUGCAACAGCUGGAAGAACUGCUGUCCAUCAUGCAAUUGAAGAUAACAAUUUUGGAAUGCUGAGGGUAUUACUGUUUGACUACAAAGCAAACGUUAAUGCUCAGAGGUGCGAUGAAAGCACGCCGUUACAUAUUGCUGCAGGGCGUGGGCUGUUAGARAUGUCUGCUAUGUUGUUGGCUGCUGGAGCAGACCUGUCAAUCCCUAAUUGCGAGAAUGAAACACCACUAGAUAAUGCAACUGAGGAGGUCAUAAACGUUCUUAAGAAAUAUCUCUAAAGUACAGAAAAAGCCAGCUCCCGUUGGAUGACCGACCGACUGUAGAAAGUCAAACCUGUACCUUUCCCAACUUUGAGUUGGAAGAAAGACAUGCUCAAUCGUGUCGCGCCACGAUUAAUCAGUGAUGAGGAUGUCUGCUUAGGAGCUGUUCGACAAAACCUAUGCUUGGCUUCUACAACUGGCCUUUGCAGAUGGUAAAACAAUAUGGCCUUCUCAAGGGCUAGCAAAUUGCAAUGAUUUUAAUGUAUAUGUUUAGCUAUUGCAAUCAUGUAUUGAACGACUGGGAAUCUUAUACAAAAUUGUUGUCCAAAAAUGCCAUUUUAAAAAAAUGUUUGCUACUUGAUUUCCUCAGCGUGAGAUUGAACACUUUAAUCAUCAUAAAACCUGUAGCCAAUUUUUUCAUGUUUGAUUUGCACAUGCAAGAAUUUAAUUUGAAAGGUAAUUUCUGGUAGUUCAUUAUCUUUGCUUCAACAUUAGUAUAAUAUUUAAUAGAGUAAAAACAAGUUAGGCAGGACUCAUCUAGUUCAGAAAAAAAAAUCAUUUUGAAGCCUUUAGAAUUGUUCAAUAACAUGUAUCCACCAUUGUGUAGAUAAUUCAUUUGUUAACGUUUUGAAAUUCAGAAAGCAAAAAUUGUGAAAGACUUCAUGAAUAAAAAGUUAAAAGGGACAAAAUAA